AUACAUUUCACAUGAAUUGACUUAAGAUAAGGUUAGUUGAUUAGCACUGCCUCUUCAGUGCAGAACCAAGAAUCAUUCUUCAGCAGCAAUCAUGAAGCUAACAUUCCUCAUACUGGUCAUUUUUGGAGUAUUGGUGCUAGCUUGGGAAGCAGACUCCGCCGAGUGCCCCAUUAAGUGUCCAAAUGAAACAAAGUGGCAGUGUGGACGGGAGCGUCAACCUGACGGUUCCUGGAAGUACGUUACCUUCAAAAGUUUAUGCUAUCUUAUAAUGACGAAUACUUGUUUAGGAGGAGUAUUGGUGCUAGCUUGGGAAGCAGACUCCGCCGAGUGUCCCAUUAAGUGUCCAAAUGAAACAAAGUGGCAGUGUGGACGGGAGCGUCAACCUGACGGUUCCUGGAACAGGCUUUGAAUAAUUUGUAGCAUAAAUCAGGAAUGUCUAUCUCUCUCCCGGGCAAUGGCUCAGGACCAGGGCGACCAAAAAUUCAGCUUUUGGCAGGAUAGUUCCAUGUUUAGAACAUGUGUUCAGGAUUUUCUCUGAAACCUGUAAAAGUUCUGCUUGAAAUAGCAGUGGACUCCUGAUUAUCCAAUCUCCGAUUUACCACUUUUCUAAAAUUGUCAGGCAUAAAAAAUUGGAGGAAAAACUACAAAUUAUUACACAAUG